AUGAAACAAUUUGCACUUUUAGUGUUAAUCUGCACUCUAGGAGCUCAGGCCGUUCCACAUCAUACUCCUUACAUUAUAAACGGACAACCCAGUGCUCAUCAGCCAUACAAUGCAUAUGUCAGAUAUUUGAAUGCAGCAAAUGCAGGAUUCUUUGGAGGUGGCUCUAUUAUAUCCGACAGACACAUUCUCACAGCUGCGCAAAAUAUUGUGGGAUUUGUCCGAUGGGAGAUUGGUCUCGCCAGUAAUAUUUACGCUCAGUUAAGCAUGCUAACCACCACUACGGCUACGGCUCAUCCUAACUUCAAUUCUGCCACCCGAGCGAACGAUAUCGGCAUCGUUACGUUGGUAAAUUCUCUAGUGUUCUCAUCAAACAUAUACCCAAUUACAUUGCCGUCGUUACAAGAAUCACUGCAAGUACCGUUGGAGAAUGAACAAGGAACCAUUCUUGGAUUCGGAUUUACAUCAGGACAAUCCACCGCAACUUCGGAUGUCUUAAUGCGAUCACUACAGCGAGUUACGACUAAUGCUCGCUGCCAACAGCACUAUCAGAUUACACUUCCGAAUCACUUCUGUGCUGAAGAUACCAUCGAAGGAUCUAACAUCUGUAACGGUGACCUCGGGGCUGGAUUCGUAACAUACGUACAGGGCAGCCAAAUGCUUACUGGUAUAGCAUCAUUGAUUACGCAGAGCUGUGGAAACGCGGCCCCUACUGGAUACGUACGCGUUUUACAAUAUAGACAAUGGAUUCAGCAAAUGACAGGAGUUUAA